AUGGCUACUGCUUUGGCCGUGCUGCAGGGACUUGGUCAGAAAGUCCGCGGCAAAGAGCACAAUGAAUGCAGAAUACUGCAGAUAAAUAUGCCACCACCGACUUCUGUGGACAUUGAGUUCAAAAACAUCACCAUGACGGUAACGGAGGGUCUCAGAUCUAAGAGGACGAAAACGAUACUCAAACAGGCUUCGGGCUUGUUCAAGUCCGGCCAGCUCACGGCGAUUAUGGGCCCAUCCGGUGCCGGGAAGUCGUCGCUAAUGAACGCCCUCACCGGCUUCUCGACACAUGGCGUCACGGGCACCAUUCGGGGCGGCAACAGUGUCUGCGUGCUGGACGAGAAGGAGAAGUCAACAGAUUCCCUGAAGGAGUACAGAAAGAAAUCCUGCUACAUUCUCCAAGACGACCGGUUGAACCCACUCUUCACUGUCGCCGAACUUAUGAAGUUCGCAGCGGAUAUGAAGCUGGGAUACACGCUAACGGAGAAAUUAAAAAGGAGUGUGGUUGCAGAGAUCCUGGACACGCUAGGGUUGUCAGGAACAGAGAACACACGCUGCUGUAACCUAUCAGGCGGACAGAGGAAGCGGCUGUCCAUAGCGGUCGAGCUGAUCGACAAUCCUCCGGUCCUUUUUCUGGAUGAGCCCACGACCGGCCUUGACAGUUUGACGUCGAAGCAGUGCGUGGAACUUCUCAAGGAUCUGGCACGAGAUGGACGAACCAUAGUGUGCACGAUACAUCAGCCUUCCGCUUCCCUUUACAUGUUAUUCGAUCAGGUUUACGUAUUAUCUGAUGGGAUGUGCAUUUACAACGGGAGAAGCGAAGACACGGUGCCCUAUUUAGCGGCCAUAGGGCUCCAAUGCCCUAAGUACCAUAACCCUGCCGACUACAUACUCGAGAUAGCCAAUGGUGAGUACGGCAACUUCAACGAGCUGCUAGCCUCGAGGUGCUCACAACCCGAAGAGACGGAACCGCCGCCGGCCACCGACGACGGCCAACCUAAGUUCUCGUGCGGCAAAAUGUCCACGAUAAUCCACCGACCCCACGAGAUCUACAAGUUCAGUGUGCUGUUCAAGCGUUGCCUCGUGCAGCAGUACCGGGACUGGACGGUGACCCACCUAAAGGUGCUGCUUCACGUGAUGAUCGGAGUCCUAAUCGGGCUGAUGUACGAGCAGGCAGGAAGCGACGGCUCGAAGACCAUCAAUAACCUCGGCUACUUCAUAGUCUCCGCCGCCUACCUUUGCUACACCUCACUCAUGCCCGCCGUCCUCAAAUUUCCCCUGGAAUUAGCCGUGCUGAAAAAAGAGAACUUCAACAAUUGGUACAAUCUCAAGACUUAUUACGCAGCGAUCCUCGUUACCGGUGUUCCUCUGCAGAUCUGCUACAGUUUCGUGUACUCCGCGCCUUCGUAUUUCCUCUCGGGGCAGCCGCCGGAGCUGUGGCGCUUUGGCAUGUUCGUACUGGUCUUGGCAAACAUCACGCUGCUGGCAGACGCCAUUGGCAACGUUAUUGGCACCUGCGUGAACCCCAUCAACGGCACCUUCAUCGGCGCGAUCACCACCUGCGCCAUGAUCGUGUUCGCCGGCUUCCUGGUUCUGUACGCGCACAUGACGCCAGUGAUGCGCGUCGUCUCGUACAUGUCCUUCCUCAAGUACGCGUUCGAGGCGCUGGUGCUGUCCAUGUACUCGUACGGCCGCUCGCCGCUCUCCUGCCCCGACGACGUCAUCUACUGCCACAUGAGGUAUCCGAACAAAGUGAUCGAAGAGUUCAGAAUAAAUCCCGACAAUUACUGGUUUAACAUCGCCGUUCUGUGUACAGAAAUAUUGGUCGUCAGGAUACUGGCAUAUUUCACAUUGAGGAGGACUGUAAAGAAGUCAACU